AUGGCGGAAAAAUGGGUCGGAAAAUCGGUCUCGAUCCAUUGUCGAAAUGAUAUCGGCAUUUUCCAGGGCAUCAUCAAGCGGGUAACGCCAAGCGAGGUGGUCAUCACGAAGGCCGUCCGCAAUGGUAUUCCGCUGAAGCAGAACAACGUCGAGGUGACGCUCAGCUCGCGCGACAUCCUCAAAUUUGAUCUCAUCGCGUGCAGCAACGUUCCGAGCAUACCGUCGAAAGCGAUCGUGGUGGCCAACACUGGCAUGACCACGUCGCUCGACGACCAGUUUGACGAACUGAAACUAUCCAACAACCAGGGCAAACAGCAACUGAACGGCCUCGUCGGUACAUUGAAACAGACCACGAAAUCUCCCGCCAUUGCCAAGCUUUCGAAUAACGCGUCCGUCCCGCUGAGCUCCGUUUCCUUCGGUUACCAUGGCAACGGACGACCCGGGGCCAUCGAAGGAGGCAGCUUCAACAGUAAGAAGAACGGCACCAACGGCGGUAAGGCGGGCCGCAGUCGAAAGAAUCUUGCCAAGGACAGCACGUUUGGCUCGCCGGACGAUGAUCCGGUUGUGAUGGACGAGGAGUUUGAUUUUGAGAAAAAUCUUGCCCUGUUCGAUAAGCAGGCGAUCUGGAAUGAGAUCGAUGCGAUUCAAACGAAAGCGUCGGAGAGUGCAAAGCGCCAGCCACCGAGCUCCGUCACCAAAACCAAGUAUCGGCACGAUGAGAAUGUGCUGGCCUCGACACCGGCCCAGUACCGGCCGAUCGAGAUGGUUUGCCCGACGAAGAAGAUACUCAGCGAAAUGCGGGAGUACGCGACCGACGAAGGGGUCGUGAUUCCGACCGUACCGGAUCGGGUGCGCACCUGGAUCGAGUACAAUGCCGAGCGCGACGGUUUGACACGCGAACGGCAGAACGACUUUUUAGCACGCGGUGCCACCGAGCUAACGCUGCAGCUGCUGGGCGGUUCGAGGCGUCUCACGCCCAACAACCAGCACCAGUGGCCGAAGAUUGUGAUUAUCAUAGAUGAGGCGCCGCGUUUCACCAAGUUUGGAGUGGACAAGUUUGCGGCCAGCUUCAAUUCGACAGUUCGGACCUCGUAUAGCGAGGAGGAACGGCUCAGUGACGUUGGCUACACCACGGCCCGCCUGCUCGCCAGCCACGGACUGCAAACGACGGUCUGCUGUUUCAAUACCGCCCGGACGGUCCUUUCGGAGGACAAUACUGAGCUGAAGCUGUACAAAUCGACCGGAAACAAGUUCACGGAUCAGAUUAGCGAGUUGUCGGCGUGUGAUCUCGUGAUUUUGGCCGCCAGUAACCCGAGUCCGAGUCUGGCCCUGCGUAAAUGGAUCACCGAUAGUCGGGCGCCGGUGCUGGCCAUCGAUCCACCCGUCACCGGGAUCCAAGGGGUGCCGAUCAAAUGCUCCAUCUUGCCGAUCCUGCCGAUAAGCGGCAUCCAGGACGAUGCCUGCGGCCGGCUGUACCUGUGCAACAUCGGCAUACCGACGAAGUACUUCAAUCAGUCCGAACUUAUCUACGCGAGCCCGUUCGAUAAGUUCGUCAUUCCGAUACACCGACAAAAGGACGAUUAAACGGAAACGGCCACUGGCCACCGAUCUUCCAGGCCUUGAUACUCCAUGAUAUUGGUUUUAUCCACCAAACCCGCCAAUUCGGCUUGACGGCCUGAUCCCGGCACGGACGAAUUUUAUGUUUUUCUUUUAAAUAGUGACAACGAAAGCAAACGAUCACAACACACAAACCAUUUCUGAGCCCAUCAAAAUCCCAGACAGUGACCUGAUCCCGACGAAAUCCCGCCCACACACGAAACCCCAGAUCCGGAAAAAGA